AUUCCAACAAUUUGAUAAGAGAAAAAACAUAUCACUAAAACUUAACGAAUGGCACCAGCUCAAAACCCAAUCAGUUCGAAACAGGUGGCUGUGAUCGGAGCCGGAGCAUCCGGUUUAAUAGCAGCCAGAGAGCUCCAUCGUGAAGGUCACACCGUCGUGGUUUUUGAACGGGAGAAACAAGUGGGAGGUCUCUGGAUUUACUCACCUAAGGCUGAAUCCGACCCGCUUAGUCUCGAUCCGAACCGACUCAUAGUCCACUCGAGUGUCUACGAGUCUCUCCGAACCAACCUCCCGAGAGAGUGUAUGGGUUUCAGGGAUUAUCCGUUCGUGCCACGUGAAGAUGAUUUGUCAAGAGACUCGAGAAGGUAUCCGAGCCAUAGGGAAGUUCUUGCGUAUCUUCAAGACUUUGCUAGAGAGUUUAAAAUAGAGGAGAUGGUCCGGUUUGAGACCGAGGUGGUCCGGGUGGAGCCUGUUGAUGGGAAAUGGAAGGUCCGAUCGAAAACCUCUGGCAAACUUUCUAACGAUGAGAUCUUUGACGCCGUCGUUGUUUGCAGUGGGCACUACACCGAACCUUACGUUGCUACUAUUCCUGGGAUAAACUCAUGGCCAGGAAUGCAGGUCCAUAGCCACAACUACCGAGUUCCUGGUCGAUUCGAAAACGAGGUGGUGGUGGUGAUUGGAAAUUUUGCGAGCGGUGCUGAUAUUAGACCGCUACUGGACGUAGCUAAGGUCGCCAAAGAAGUCCACAUCGCGUCCAGAGGGAGUGAAGCCAAUACGUGUGAGAAGCUUUCCGUGCCCACCAACAAUCUAUGGAUUCAUUCUGAGUCUAAGUACCUCGACUGGGUAGCAGAAGAAUCUGGUUGCCUGCUUGUUGAACCUUGGAGAGUUCAACAAGUUGAGCGUGGUUAUAAGAGACUUGUCUCUAACCCUGAAAACUAUCGCGAUGAAUGGGACGACAAUGAUCUCAUAGAAGAAGCGUACGAGGAUUUUUCUAGGAAGAGGUUGAUCAGUUCUCGUCCUUCUUACUUCCCCGAAUCAGGAAGAUGA